GUACAAUGGGUUCUGGUGUGUCACGGGGUGUUGACGUUAACGGUGGUUGUUUCCUUCCUCUGUGGCCAAUGGCCAAUCUUCAAAGGCACACCCAUUGGAUGGAUUCACUAUUUCCUCACUUUCGGCGCUUACGAUUACUUACUGCGGUUUACUGGGUUUGUGUUUGGUUCCAAGGGCACGGACUUGAUUCUUUCGGUUGAGUAUUUCUGCUGUGAGCGGCCUAAUCCUUUACUCCAAAUCAUAUAUCUAGCGAUUAUUGGAUCAACAUACUUUUUAACUGCAAAGUCUUCCUUUGCCUAUAUACCUGGAUAUUAUAUCGGCGAAGUUCACAAGUAUUUGAGCUUCGUGGCUGUUAUAAUUGGAGUCCUGCUUUUCCUGUUGACAAGCUUUUGUGAUCCAGGGACCGUGAACGCUAAGAAUGUUUCUCAGUACAUUUCUGCUUACCCUUAUGAUGAUAUCAUAUACUCAGAGAAAGAAUGCUCAACGUGUAAAAUUCCAAAACCAGCUAGAUCCAAGCAUUGCAGCAUCUGCAACCGUUGUGUGGCUCGAUUUGAUCAUCAUUGUGGGUGGAUGAAUAACUGCAUCGGCGAAAAGAAUACCAAGUAUUUCAUGGCCUUUCUUUUAUGGCAUUUCCUUCUUUGUCUAUACGGAGCAGUGGCCAUUGGGUUUAUUCUUGCGGGGAGAGUAAAAGAACUUCGCAUUGUUCAUGUUUUAACCAUCUAUUACGGGAUAGAGAACUCUUUCCGCAGCUUAACCCCACGUGUUCUACAGUGGCUAGUUGGGACAUACAAUACACAGAUACUUUUAAUGGUGUUUUUUGCCCUUAUCGCUCUCCUUCUUGCUGGCUUCUUCGCUUACCACCUCAAUCUCUGCUUAACCAACACAACAACUAAUGAGAAAUUCAAGUGGAGAGAGUACAUAAGUUUGCAGAAGAAGAUCAGCGAAGCAAAGGCAAGUGCUGCUGCUCUGAAGGCAGGCAUGACCAACACCGAGCUGAAACGUCCAGAAAAGAGCAAAUGGAGAGGACUUUGGGGAAGAUCCGAGGCCAAAGCAGAGGCCAUCGUUGCUAACCGGAAUAUGUAUGAUAAAGGAAGCUUUCGGAACAUGUCCGAGAUUGUUUUUCCAUUAUCUUCAAGACAAGCUUUCCAGAAACCAAAUCAUAAAUCUCAAUAG